AUGUCGCGGUUCUGCUGCCAGAAGUACACGAGCGGGGACUUGGUGUUCGCCAAGUUAAAGGGCUACGCCCACUGGCCGGCCAGUGGGUUGGCCGAGGCCAACCGCUACCGAGUGUUUUUCUUCGGGACUCAUGAGACGGCCUUCCUGGGACCCAGGCACCUCUUCCCAUACGAGGAGUCCAAGGGGAAGUUCGGUAAACCCAACAAGAGGAGGGGCUUCAGCGAGGGGCUGUGGGAGAUCGAGAACAACCCCACCGUCCAGGCUUCCGAUUACCUGUUCGCCCAGGGGAAGAGCUGCGCCGAGGGGCCCGAGCCCGAGCCGGAGGCCACCGAGGGCUGUGGGGACCCGGAGAGCCACACCGACGGCUGCGGCGGCGCCGAGCCGGGGGAGCCGGGCGUCGACCUGCCGGCAGAGGAGGAGGACGAAAAAGGGCCGCUGAAGAGGAGCGCCAGGGACCCGCCGAAGGACAUCCCCAAGCGUCCCAAGGAGGCUGAUUCAGAAGAAGGGGAGGAGAUGGAGGAGGCGGCCACCACGGCGGAGGAUGCGAAGCCGCUCCUCGUGGAGCUGGAGAACGACCACGCUGCGUCCGGGCCGCCCGCAACCUGGGGGCCGCCCCCGGGGGAGCAGGAGCGGGAGGAAGAGCCUGCCUAGAGAGAGGCCGAGGCCCCGGGCGUCGGAGGCCGCGAGAGCCAGUAG